CGUUAAGUUAUCGUUCAUCUACACUUCAGAACGCUCCUACAAUCUCUCUAGAGCGAGCUGGAAACGUUACCCAAUUCGAUCACCUUCAAGAACUUUGUUUUAAAGAACAACGCUCUGUAUCAUCAAAUUAAUCAUUCGAAAUGCCCGUGGCUGAUUUUUCUUGGUUGACCCUUUUCAUACCCUCUUUGGCCAUAUCUGGGAUUCUUAAAAUCUUUAUAAACAGUUAAACAUUUUUGUGGCUCGUAUUCAUUCGUGGAGUUGGACAGUGCAAGAAAAUGGCUGCCUGUGGAGACGAUCUUUGCUAUGCAAGCACUAAAAAGAAUAUCUUCUGAAAUAGAUUUCAGAAUUGCGUUAACACGGUCUCACGAAUGGAAGAACUUCAUUUGACCCCAACUUUCAAAGCGAACCAGUUCAUUCAAAUAAAAUUCUAAAGUUUCAAAAACAGACAAGACUCGAGUUUGCCAGCCUGUGAGAACUUCCUGUGUUUGAUGAAACGUCACUAUGUCAUCCAGACGAAAGAGUAUUCUAGUUCUAGCCAGUUGUUUGCUGAUGACCCUUUGUGGGGGCAACAGUUACCCCUACCAUGAAGUGUCACCGAACUCCCUACAAUCGCUGUACAAUAGUUUCCUGGGACCACCUUUCAAUGUGACGUCAAGGAUCGACUGCGCAGUACACUGCAGUUCAGACAAAGACUGCACUGUGUUUUUGCUCAACCAAUACUCUGGAUCAAUACGCUGCAUCUUGAUCGGACUAGGACCAAGACCAAUCAUAUUUUCUAACAUGUCCCUGUAUGGCAACGUGUUAAGCUGGCAGGCUUACCAGUUAGACACAGGCUGCGCCUAUAAUUUCAUCAAGAGAACCGGGAGAUGUGUGAAGUUUUACCCAACGGAAAACUACACCCACGCACAGGCUAAAGCUGAAUGCAGUCGGGUCCAAGGAAUAAUGAUAGAGUUUAACUCGCUGCAGGAUUUACUUUCAAUGAGCGAUUUACUUGAAAACACUCAAA